UUGGUGCUAUUUAUAGGUCCCUUCAAUAAUCAGGAGAUGGCAGAAUGGUUUCAGGCGGGCUAUUUUACUAUGUCUUUAUUGGUGAAGAGAGCAUGUGAUGAAAGCUUCCAACCUCUUGGCGAUAUCAUGAAAAUGUGGGGAAGGGUUCCCUUUUCUCCAGGUCCAGCUCCACCUCCCCAUAUGGGAGAGCUGGACCAGGAACGACUGACCAGGCAGCAAGAACUCACAGCCUUAUACCAGAUGCAGCACCUGCAGUACCAGCAGUUCUUAAUACAACAACAAUAUGCACAGGUUUUGGCCCAACAGCAGAAAGCAGCCCUGUCUUCCCAGCAGCAGCAGCAGUUGGCCCUUCUUCUUCAACAGUUUCAGGCCCUGAAGAUGAGAAUAUCUGAUCAGAACAUCAUUCCCUCAGUACCUAGGUCUGUGUCGGUGCCAGAUACUGGCUCUAUCUGGGAGCUUCAGCCAACAGCUUCACAGGCUACAGUUUGGGAAGGUGGCAGUGUAUGGGAUCUUCCUCUGGACACCACGACACCAGGCCCUGCCCUGGAACAACUUCAGCAGCUAGAGAAGGCCAAAGCUGCAAAGCUAGAGCAAGAGAGAAGGGAGGCAGAAAUGAGGGCAAAACGGGAGGAGGAAGAACGAAAGAGGCAAGAAGAACUCCGAAGACAGCAAGAGGAAAUUCUUCGGCGACAGCAGGAAGAGGAAAGGAAAAGGCGAGAGGAAGAAGAACUUGCCCGAAGGAAACAGGAAGAGGCUCUGCGUCGCCAGCGGGAGCAAGAAAUUGCAUUAAGACGACAGCAAGAAGAAGAAGAAAGACAGCAGCAAGAAGAAGCUCUUAGAAGACUGGAAGAGAGAAGAAGAGAAGAGGAAGAAAGGCGGAAGCAGGAAGAAUUGCUACGCAAACAGGAAGAGGAGGCUGCAAAAUGGGCCCGGGAAGAAGAAGAAGCCCAGCGUCGAUUAGAGGAGAACCGGCUGCGAAUGGAAGAGGAGGCAGCCAGGCUCCGGCAUGAGGAGGAGGAACGGAAGAGGAAGGAGCUGGAGGUUCAGCGGCAGAAGGAGUUAAUGCGCCAGAGGCAGCAGCAGCAAGAGGCUCUUCGGAGGUUGCAGCAGCAGCAGCAGCAACAGCAGCUGGCACAGAUGAAGCUUCCCUCUUCUUCAACGUGGGGCCAGCAGUCCAAUACAACAGCAUGUCAGUCCCAGGCCACCCUGUCGUUGGCAGAAAUCCAAAAACUAGAAGAAGAACGAGAACGGCAGCUUCGAGAAGAGCAAAGGCGCCAGCAGAGGGAGUUGAUGAAAGCUCUCCAGCAGCAGCAGCAGCAGCAACAGCAGAAACUCUCAGGUUGGGGAAAUGUCAGCAAACCUUCAGGUACCACGAAAUCUCUUCUGGAGAUUCAGCAGGAAGAAGCCAGGCAAAUGCAAAAGCAGCAGCAGCAGCAGCAGCACCAGCAACCAAACAGAGCUCGUAACAAUACGCAUUCCAAUCUGCACACCAGCAUUGGGAAUUCUGUUUGGGGCUCUAUAAAUACUGGUCCUCCUAACCAGUGGGCAUCUGACCUAGUCAGUAGUAUUUGGAGUAAUGCUGACACUAAAAACUCCAACAUGGGAUUCUGGGAUGAUGCAGUGAAAGAGGUGGGACCUAGGAAUUCAACAAAUAAAAAUAAAAACAACGCCAGUCUCAGUAAAUCUGUAGGUGUGUCUAACCGGCAGAAUAAGAAAGUAGAAGAAGAAGAAAAGUUGCUGAAGCUCUUUCAGGGAGUAAAUAAAGCCCAAGAUGGAUUUACCCAGUGGUGUGAACAGAUGCUUCAUGCCCUUAAUACGGCAAAUAACUUGGAUGUUCCCACAUUUGUUUCUUUCCUGAAAGAAGUAGAAUCUCCUUAUGAGGUCCAUGAUUAUAUCAGGGCCUAUUUGGGAGAUACUUCUGAGGCCAAGGAGUUUGCCAAGCAGUUCCUUGAGCGUCGUGCCAAACAGAAAGCCAACCAGCAGCGUCAGCAGCAGCAGCAGCAGCAGCAGCAGCAGCAGCAGCAGCCACCGCCACAGCCGCAGCAGCCGCAGCAGGACUCUGUGUGGGGGAUGAACCACAGUACACUCCAUUCAGUAUUUCAAACCAGUCAAAGCAACAACCAACAAUCCAAUUUUGAGGCUGUGCAGAGUGGCAAGAAGAAGAAAAAGCAGAAGAUGGUCCGAGCAGAUCCCAGUUUAUUAGGAUUUUCAGUCAAUGCAUCAUCGGAGCGACUCAACAUGGGUGAAAUCGAGACGUUGGAUGACUACUGAGCGCCUGCCGGUGGACUGGCCUCCCCUCUCCUGUCUGCCGACCAUGGAGCCUCCACCUUUGGACACAACACUUACUCACCAUUUACUCUUUAUCACUCUGCAACAAAUCACAGAACCGAUCAUCUCAGGCUUUUUCUUCUGGCCCUUUGUGUCCAAGAUUCUUUAAUCCAUUUUUGUUGGUGAACAUCUCAGACCAUAGAUAAGCGGACUGGACCGUGUGUCUUGGGGGUGGCAGUUGGGAGUACUCCCCAACAAGGCUGAUUUUAGGCAGCAUGUGUUCACUGUACUGUGAUUUCAUCUACUGUCUCCCAGAAAGUGUGUUGGGAUCAGCCAUUAGCAGCUUGCUUUCUCUUGUCACUUUUUUUCUUCUAUUUUGUUUUUUCUUCUUCUUUUUCCCCCAUCAGGGCAAGAGGUCUAACUGGUGCAAUCAUGAAGAGAGUUAAUGAUUAACAGACAUUGGCCAGCAACGAAACACCCCACGGACUGUGACUCGGGUAUCUAACAGGCAGUCAGAGCUCUCCCAGUCUGAAAGUUGCAUUGCCACUGCUAACUUUGGGAUUGCAUCGAGAGGCCCUGAGUGGGGUUGUGAUGAGGUUGGAUUGGUUUGAUGUUACACACUCCUCACCUGUUCUUUCUGAGCAUCCUUUCUCUGAAAGAAUUUAUGUUUUUCUUCAUUAGAUAGUGACUUCUGAGCAAGCUGAUCUCCCCUGGCAUACUCCAACCUGAUUGGACAAAGGAAGCCCUAUGGCCUGGGAGAGAGACUAUUCUUAAUUUUUCUUUCUUACAAAAACUGAUUUUUCCCAUAAAUAUUUUUACUUCAGAGGACUAGGACCAGUUUGUUUUGGGCCCUUCUGCUGAAAAUUUGUCUCGUUUAAGAGGCAGCUAGGAUCUUUACCAUAUGUAUGAAUUUGUAUAAUUUCAUUUUUGGAUAGGGAUAAACUUUUGCUUCCGAUAAAAGCCUGGAAUUUCAUCUGGUUCCUCAGAGCAUUGCGUGUGUGUGUUGCUGUAGCCUGGAAAAGGUUUUGUUAAAAGAUUCUGGGAUGGCAAGUUGCUUGCCUUUUCUGAAAAGAGAACAUACAAAACCUGACCAUCUUUAAGACCUUCAUCCAUGGAAUCCACUAUACAGGAGGAUGCAGUGGGCUGGAGGGGAUGGGCAAAAACGGGAGCAGGAAGCCUGACCUGGCUUCUUUCUGGUCAUGGCCUCCUAAUACCUUUCACUUCAAGUAGAAAUGUACUCAAGCCCUAUUUAUAAACAAAUACUCUUCCUGCCUCCACCAAACCCCUACCGAAUAUCACCUGGAAUUGCCACUCACACUGGGUUGGAGUCAUUGGGCAGCUGUGCCUGUGCCAGAGGUGCUGUGGUCUGGGCAGCCCCUGGAAAAGCACCUUUGCUUCCUGUCAUUGUUGCCUCAGAAGGCCGGAGUUGCUCUGAGAGCAAUUUGGGUUUGGAGUAUUAUAUUUGGCUUCUAUUUUUAUUAUUUUGGAUCACCAUUAUCCCUAUCCCUUCUUGCCUCCCUCCCUUCUAAACAUGUACAAUAACUAUACAGAGACUGCUACAAAAUUGUAUAUAGUUUUUGGAUCAAAUAGCAUGAGGGGAGAGGAAACCAUUAAAAAAUUAGGGCUCCUACUCUCCUUUGCUUUGUAAAUUCAAAAGUUGGGGGUGGGUAAGAGGGAUAGUUAAAAUGUUUACAAAACUUUAGGCUCCCUCGGAACUUUUGCCAGCGUGGAGGAAAAUAAAAAAGAACUUAAAUAAAACCUGGUUGUAUUCUGAGUGCA